GUUGUCAUUUCACUCGGCUCGGUCCUGAGGAGAAGGACUCAGCCGCGGCUGCGGGACCCGGACACCGGGAGGCGGUGGCGGCGGCGGCGGCGGCGGCAUCGGCGACAGCAGAGGAGGAAGAGGAGGAAGAAGGAGAGCAAAAGAAGAGCCAGGCGGAGUCCGCAACAACGACAGCGGGGACUGCGGGACCGGGGCAAAGUGACGGCGGCGGCGGCGACGACGGCCCAGCAACCGUGAGGAGAAACAAAAGCCUUCUAAAUUAUAGAUUUUUUUUUUUUAAUCUGAGGGAAAGAAGAGAGAGCACAAAGGGGGGAGGCCCUUUUCUUUUAGAAUAACUACACUAGUGGGUUUUCCCUUUUUUUCCUCUCCCUGCCCCCCCCACCCCCCCCAGCCCCCCCACCCCCCCUCCUGCGGAGAAUCGAACUGAGAGACCUGAACAAACCGCCCCUGGGUCCCAUGAGGGAAAAAAACCCCGGAGCCGCAGAGAGGGGAAGAGGCCGAAACUGCAGGACCUUCCAGGUCGCCCCGUUGGUCCCCGCACCCCCGGGCCGCCAGCUCCCUGUCGUCGAGUCUCGCUAAUCCUUGCUGAUCGCGAUCCCCCCAAGAGGGAGAAACGGGUGUUUCCAACCCCUUUCAUGGGGGAGAGGAGGCCGGGGGGGAGCCCAGGAACAGCGACCGCAGCAAGAUCUGCACCCAGAGCCUCAGGAACAGCCCCCGAGGCCAAAACUGCGCCCCGUGAAAGAGCAGAAACAGGACCGGGAACAGCAGAGACCUCCCUGCGAUCAUCUUUCCAUUAGUCAAUGCUGAUUUCCUUUCCCGCAACCAGGAAUUCACCUCCCGCCCCAGAUAACCUAAUAUAAUCUAUAUAUAUAAAUAUAUAAUAUAUAAUGUUCUUAAAUUAUUCCUGAUUUUUUUUAACCAAGCUGCCAAGAAAAGAACGUAUUCUCCUCUUAGCCCUAUUCUAAUUUUUAUGUGAGUGAAUCUAAACUGCUGAGGAAGACCAUAUGUGAUUGUUAAAUUAUAUAUAUAUAUAUUUUUACUCCGCACAAGGCUUAUUCUUCUACAUCCAUAGAUGCUUGAGAAGCUGUGUUUUUGUCAUUCAUGUGCAUUUUCCUUUGGAAAAAGAAAGCGCCUAUUUUACUAACCAAAGACUUGAGUUUUGCCCUCUUCGUUUUUAUUCCCUCCUAGAAACAAGCCCAGUCGGAUUCAUGUCCAUGUGUUAAGAGACUUUUUUUUUUUUUUUUUUUAGUUUUUUUUUUCUUUCAGAGACCAGAAUUCCAAAUCAGAACUCUUUCGAGUGAUAAGCUGCGAUCUUUGAGCUAGCUAUAUAAAUAAGACACUGCAAACAGACAACUUAAAUUUCGGGUGGAGGACGCAAAGACGCGGGACAUCGGGUUGCCCUUUUUUAUCAUAAGAUUCUGAUCCUAAAAGUGAUAAAUGGGGGAUUACGGGUUUGGAGUGCUAGUGCAAAGCAAUACUGGGAAUAAAUCUGCUUUUCCAGUCAGAUUCCAUCCACAUCUGCAGCCUCCACACCAUCACCAAAAUGCCACCCCCAGCCCUGCUGCUUUUAUAAAUAAUAACACAGCUGCCAAUGGCAGCAGUGCGGGGUCAGCUUGGCUCUUUCCCGCUCCAGCUACCCAUAACAUUCAGGAUGAGAUACUGGGGUCAGAAAAAGCAAAAAGUCAGCCACAGGAACAGCAAGACCCUUUAGAAAAGCAGCAGCUCUCCCCCAGUCCAGGUCAGGAAGCCGGAAUACUGCCUGAAACCGAGAAGACCAAGUCGGAAGAAAAUCAAGGGGACAAUUCUUCGGAAAACGGCAACGGGAAGGAGAAAAUAAGAAUCGAAUCGCCAGUGUUGACAGGGUUUGAUUAUCAAGAAGCCACGGGGCUGGGGACUUCGACCCAGCCCUUGACGUCUAGUGCAUCGUCUCUUACUGGUUUCAGUAACUGGUCGGCAGCGAUAGCACCUUCUUCCUCUACAAUCAUCAAUGAAGAUGCAAGUUUCUUUCACCAGGGAGGGGUCCCGGCUGCUUCGGCCAAUAACGGUGCUCUGUUGUUUCAGAAUUUCCCCCAUCACGUCAGCCCUGGCUUUGGAGGCAGCUUCUCCCCGCAGAUCGGGCCUCUGUCACAGCACCACCCUCAUCACCCUCAUUUCCAGCAUCAUCACAGCCAGCAUCAGCAGCAGAGGAGGUCUCCCGCCAGUCCCCAUCCCCCGCCUUUCACACAUAGAAAUGCUGCUUUUAACCAGCUGCCUCAUUUGGCGAAUAAUCUUAACAAACCCCCCUCUCCGUGGAGCAGCUACCAGAGCCCCUCUCCUACACCAUCUUCUUCGUGGAGCCCGGGAGGUGGGGGAUACGGUGGCUGGGGAGGUUCCCAAGGCCGAGAUCACCGCAGAGGGCUGAAUGGAGGAAUAACGCCCCUGAACUCCAUCUCGCCUUUGAAGAAAAAUUUUGCAAGCAAUCAUAUUCAGCUGCAGAAGUACGCUCGCCCCAGCUCUGCCUUUGCUCCUAAAUCCUGGAUGGAGGAUAGCUUGAACAGGGCUGACAACAUUUUUCCUUUUCCGGAUCGCCCCAGGACAUUUGACAUGCACUCCCUGGAGAGUUCCCUCAUUGACAUUAUGAGAGCUGAAAAUGAUUCCAUUAAAGGUCGUCUAAACUAUUCAUAUCCAGGAUCCGAUAGCUCUCUGCUUAUUAAUGGUCAGUCUUCACUGUUUCCAAUGGAAGAUGGAUUCUUGGAUGAUGGCCGUGGGGAUCAACCUCUUCAUAGUGGCCUGGGUUCACCUCACUGCUUCACUCACCAGAAUGGAGAGAGAGUGGAACGAUACUCUCGCAAGGUGUUCGUGGGCGGAUUACCUCCUGACAUCGAUGAAGAUGAGAUCACAGCUAGUUUUCGUCGCUUUGGCCCUUUGAUUGUGGAUUGGCCUCAUAAAGCAGAGAGCAAAUCCUAUUUUCCUCCUAAAGGCUAUGCAUUCCUGCUUUUUCAAGAUGAAAGCUCUGUUCAGGCUCUGAUUGAUGCAUGUAUUGAAGAAGAUGGAAAGCUCUACCUGUGUGUGUCCAGUCCCACUAUCAAAGAUAAGCCAGUGCAGAUUCGGCCUUGGAAUCUCAGUGACAGUGACUUUGUGAUGGAUGGUUCACAGCCUCUUGAUCCACGAAAAACUAUAUUUGUUGGUGGUGUUCCUCGACCAUUACGAGCUGUGGAGCUUGCCAUGAUAAUGGAUCGUCUGUAUGGAGGUGUGUGCUAUGCGGGGAUUGAUACCGACCCUGAGCUGAAAUACCCUAAAGGAGCUGGGCGAGUCGCAUUCUCUAAUCAACAGAGUUACAUAGCUGCUAUCAGUGCCCGCUUUGUUCAGCUGCAGCAUGGAGAGAUAGAUAAACGGGUGGAAGUUAAGCCAUAUGUCUUGGAUGAUCAGCUGUGUGAUGAAUGUCAGGGGGCCCGUUGUGGUGGAAAAUUUGCUCCAUUUUUCUGUGCUAACGUUACCUGUCUGCAGUAUUACUGUGAAUAUUGCUGGGCUGCUAUUCAUUCUCGUGCUGGCAGGGAGUUCCACAAGCCCCUGGUGAAGGAAGGCGGUGACCGUCCGCGACAUAUUUCAUUCCGCUGGAACUAAAGGCUUCUUAAUUCCCCUCCCUCUACUCCCAGUUCCAGAAGAGAGAAGUGUCUUUGCAGAAUGGACCGUCACCUUAGGAAGCGAUUGUUGAUCGUGCCUCUCCCUGGCUCAGAGCGGCCCUUACUGCUCAUGCGUGCCACGGCAAGUGCUGCUUCAGACAAGCACCUUGUGGUUUGAAUCUGCCCUUCGUGACAUGCUGUCUUCCUGAUAAUUCAUGUCAUUUCCCAACUUUGAAAAUUUUCCCUCGCAAAUGUCCCCCGCACCCCCUGCCAGUGCUCUGAGAGCCGGGACCGCAGGCUUUGAAUAAACUCUAAGAAUUCAGAAAAUGAACAUUCGUGCCCUACUAUGAACUCUUCUGCAGUACCAAUUCAGUCUCUUAUUAAA